UGAAAGACUGCGUGGCUCAGUCAUUAUCUAUCUACUAUGAGUAUAACUAGCUACCGCUACUGGUACUGUGGAGUCAGUCAGUCAAAGUCAUCAGAAGGUUAAGCCUGCAUGGCCCAUCCUUUUGCGUCACCCCUUCAAUGGUUUAGUGCUCUAGCCAUCUAGCUAGCCACCGGGAGCCCACAAGCUGCCAAGCAUCCCAAACCAAAGCGAACAAAAACGCGACCGCUGAAUUCGAAAGAAUAACACCAACUCCCAAAGGAAAGCAUCAACACGAGGCAACUGCAUCGCAUUGCAUAACUUUUCUUCCUCUUGCUGCGGCACUCAUCGAUAUAUUAUGAACACAACCACUACAAAAAGCACUGUUCCCGUUGGCAUUGCCAGUUGUGGAACUUCUCCCUGGCAAAGAAUGCUGGCUGUUGUAGGCAUUCUCAUGACUUUCCAUUUGCUCGAAAUUGAACGCUUUUUUAAUCCAACUCUCCCAGAAAUCUCCAAGGCACAAGACAGUACCGGUACAAGGAAUAGCAACAAUCAUUCAAUGAUCACAAAUACCAUUACCGGUACGGGUAAUGUGUCUCAGCUAAGGGGAAACGACAAUUCCACAGACCACAGCAGGAGCGGCAUGUUCACGACACAGAAACGAGACGGAUGGACCAUCAUUAGAGACAGCCCCUCGGCCGAAAUCAUCGCCACCACCAGCACAACAGCAGCAUCAUCAUCAACUAAGUCAGGCACAGCAACACAAAUGACUGCAACAACAGCCACUGCGGUACCAACUGUCACAGUCACUACCAACGAGACAGAUGCGACAAAACCAGAAUCGGAAUCCAACAGUGAUGCCCCCACAACUGCAACUCCUGUGAUAGAAGGACCUGACGACACAGUCACUACCAAUGAGACAGAUGCGACAAAACCAGAAUCGGAAUCCAACAGUGAUGCCCCCACAACUGCUACUCUUGUGACAGAAGGACCCGACAAUCAUACUGCUCCACUGUCAACAGCAGAAGCAGCAUCUCAAGAAGCAGCACCUACACAGCCAGUGCCACGAUCUCCUGCUCCUGCUCCUGCUCCUGCAAUUGUUGUCCCUGACCACAACAUGUUGUCUGGAUACUUGCAGUACUUGUCCAUCUCAGGAUGGUCAAACCAAGUGUUCUGUAUGCAACAUGCCUAUCUUGUUGCAAAGGCAACCAAUCGGACACUCAUCACGGCGCCUGUUCUCCCACACUAUUUUCUUUAUGGGUCUUCCUUGAAGCAGGGAGGACAACGGAACAGUCAUACCUACAGACUCGAUUUGAGCCUACCCCAGCAAUACUUACACAGACUCAAGAGUAAUGAGUACCUUGACUUGGAAACCGUGUUGGACAUGGAAUAUACAUUUGCGGGAGUCCCCACGGUUGAUUUUCGACAUUUUAUGCACAAGGUCUAUGAUGAAGAUCAAAUGAGCCAGUGGGUGAUUGAAAGUGAAUAUUCACGCUACAAUACACUCUUCACCAAGAAUCGACCAGAUCUCGAAGGAACCACCAGCUCUGGUGAGCACAAUGUGGUCGAGGUACUGCACGAUUGGACACAAAUUGCAGCCAAUCAUUCUUCCUAUCCUCUGUGGACCUUGUUGGAUUCCUUUAGUAUCAAGUUUCAUGCCAGUGUCACUGAAAACGACACUCCCUUUCACAUCAGAUUCAGUCAUGUCAUUCGACAAACCGCAAAGAACAUUCAUCAACAUGUAUGGGGGAAUGUACCCUAUGCAUCUGUCCACAUUCGUGUCGGAGAUGGGUCCUUUGUCGAGCAUGUGCACGAAACCUGGGACAUUGUCAGUGAUGCCAGUGUUUGGCAUUUGCAAGAGUGGAUACAAUCACAACGUGAAGCACCACCAAAAGUUGGCAUCUUUGUUGCCACGGACAUGAAAGCCGGAGAGCAAGUGCAAUUCACCAAAAUCCUUCAAUCCAAAAUGCCACAAAACAUUGCUGUGGAAAUCUGGUACAGUGAUAUGUUUGCCGACUACACCAAAUCUUUACAACCCACAUUGGUGUAUCCUGGCAUUUUUCUGGAUCAGCAGUUGGCAGCAUGUGCCAGCAUUGGGUUCACACCAUCGUUAGUAGUAAACUCGACCUUUUCUAUGGUGAUUGACAUGGUGCGACAGUCACCGGGGUCCUGUGACUUGUAACCAACUAUAGAAAAUGCAGAAACUAUACUGGCUUAGGUACACUGGCAAGUAGUGGAGAGACUCGACUCAUCAGCAUGACCGGUGCAAUCAGAACAGCUAUGGACGCCCAGAAACAGCCCAGGAAGCAGUGAGGCACAAACGUCAACCGGCAGUUUGCUUUUGUUUGUUCUCUUACUAAAACUGCUGGUUACCGUGCGAGUGCGGAUAGUUUGAUUACUGAUGUGUUUUCUCGUGAUCGGUUGUCUCGGAAGAUAGCAGAGCCCAACCCAAAUGUUUUGUCCUGCCCGGCUUGGUGAUCCAAUCCUGCAAGUCCCAACCAUUCUGUUUCAGUUCCUCUUUUGCCUGCGCUUCAUUGCCAUCCUCUACAUUGGAUAAUGUAUCGGCAAAGCACAAGGCCCCUCCGAGUUGGUUGUUAUUUCUCAAAGCACUGCUGAUUGUCGCAAAGAGUUGGCUGGGAAUGCCCUUGUCGAGGUAAAUCAGUACCGCUUCAAAGACAAAGACGGUGAACCAAUCGCCGCCAUCAUCCACAAGAACGGUUUCGAGUAAUGCGGCCUGAACUUGUUGUAGGUCGUUCAAGUCCACGGCAAGCAACCGCAAUGACUUGACCAGUGUCGACAGUUCGGGACGUCGUCGUAGCAGUCGGUGAUGAAACAGUUUCUUCUUGGCAUCGACCACGUGUGGCAAAUCCAUCUCUACCAGAUCCAGUAUCAAGUCUGGAUAUAGUUGCGCCAUGCGAAGAGACCGUAGAUCAUAGCCGCCUCCCAUGAGAACCAAUCGAAUCUGCUUCUUCGUUUGCUGUUGUUGGGCAGUCUGAAUGAUUUGGUCCACGGCCGUAUCCAAGUAUUUCGUCCGCAGCUCUACAUUUCCAUGAUGGAAGCGAGGAUAGAGAGGUGCCAGUGGGGAUGCCACCGCCCAUCGAGUAACAGGUGGAAGCAAGUCAUACGCCAGUCCGUGGUCUUGGAGGACCGACGUUUUGUCAUUACCAGAAAUGGCCUUCCACCAAACACACUGAUAGUUGACAAACGAGUUGGGAAUUGGAAUGGGAUCGAACAACUGUGCCACAGUGAGGAGUCGACGAAACCAGUAGUAGGCUCGUUGGCGUUGGCGAGGACUGGCCGAAGAGUUCGUCGGUUUCACACCCAAUCUGGCAGCGACCUCCUCUGCCUCAUUCAAAGGACGGGUUGUGGUCUCUUGAUCAUCAGAGUCGGGUGGCUCGGAUUGCAAUAUCUCGGGAGGGUUCAUGGUACUGCCUGAUACAGCGGACAUGAACCAUCAAACAAAUGAGCUGUAGGUGCCGACGUUGAUGGAAGAGCCGCAACGACGACCGAGGUCAAUGACGUAUUCAUAAAAUAACAAUAAUAAUGCUAUGUACCGUCAUGGUACCACUAAGUCACGGAAGACCGGAACACAGAACAUCCGAAAGUCACAAAGACAAUUUGUUUAAAUAUAAUGUCUCAAUACUUUCUUAUCACGGAGAAACAUAAUUACAGCUAUUACUAUUCUACGUACCGGUACCAGUACUAGCUAGUACUCAGUAUCUAAUUUUAAUCUGACAUUGAAGUCAGCUUUAGCUGUUUUG